AACCCUUUCAAAGAAAAUAAUAUUGAAAUAAUGAAGCAGUCACUUCUUUCCAUCUUAAUACUUCUACUAUCAUCAUCAUUUGCACCCAUCCAAGCCCGCGAAAAACCACAGUCGGCAAAGUCUCCUUCACCCAUAGCUGCUCCAGCGCCAGGACCGUCAAAUUCUGAUUGCUCCAGCAUUAUAUAUGACAUGAUGGAUUGUCUCUCGUACCUUACCCCUGGAUCAAAUGAUACCAAGCCCACAAAAGUUUGUUGUGGGGGAAUUCUAUCUGUUCUGCAGUUUAACCCUAAGUGUAUUUGUGUUGGUUUAGAAAGUAGCAAAACUAUGGGGUUUGCAGUGAAUAACACUAGAGCUCGGGCCAUGCCUACGACUUGCAACCUCCACAUUGUUGCUCCUCAUUGCGCGAUACUGGACGAGGCUACACCGGCUGCAUCUAUUGCUGGUAUGUCUCCGGUUUCUCCAUCGGCUGGAACAGCUGUGGCUUCGCCAUCUUCGGUCGGGUCACCAACAUCUACACCAUCUUUAGCUGAGUCGCCUGUCAUGACUGCACCGUCUCCCUCAAGUUCUGCUACCAACUACCUCUCAGUUUCAACGCUGACCCUCGUUUCCGUUAUAUUUUCUUCUGUAAUGUAUAUUUCGAUUUUUUAAAUUAAUUAAAACUUCACCUCGUUUUCAUAUAUAUUUCUACUGAGUUGGAAUUUUUAUGGUUGUCAUUCGAAGACACAUGGUGUU